UCUCUCUCUCCAUAUAUCUUCUGAGCUGUUUGACAUUACAGAGCUGACCCAAAAGUUUAUGCCUUUUUGAGGUAUCUUUCUCGUGAAAGCUCUCUCACCCCCUUUACGUAUAAUAUACGAAACUCUUUACCACGAGAAAGAUCGUUUCACUGCGUUUUUUAACAUCCAUUUUACUUUGCUGAGAAAUCAUGGAUUCUACUAUGGAGAUUUGCAACGGUGGGGUCUCAAACGGUGACGUUUCGGGUCUCUCUUCUAAGCGAGAGAAGCUCAUCAUCGAUACAGACCCUGGCAUCGAUGAUAGCAUGGCGAUAAUGAUGGCGUUUCAAACACCUGAGCUAGAUAUAUUAGGAUUGACUACAGUGUUUGGUAAUGUUCAGACACAAGAUGCUACUCGCAACGCCUUACUCCUCUGUGAGAUUGCUGGCUUCCCUGAUGUUCCCGUAGCUGAAGGAAGUUCAGAGCCCUUAAAGGGUGGGAUUCCACGUGUUGCUGACUUCGUGCACGGUAAAAACGGGCUUGGAGACGUCUCUGUUCCUUCUCCUUGUAGAAAGAAGUGUGACAAGAGUGCAGCUGAGUUUCUUGUUGAGAAAGUCUCUCAAUAUCCUGGUGAAGUCACCGUUCUCGCUCUUGGACCUCUAACCAACUUAGCAUUAGCCAUCAAACGGGAUAAUUCAUUUGCGAGAAAAGUGAAGAAGAUUGUUAUACUUGGUGGAGCUUUCUUUUCUUUAGGCAAUGUUAAUCCUGCAGCUGAAGCUAAUAUAUAUAAUGACCCAGAAGCAGCUGAUGUGGUGUUCACUUGUGGAGCUGAUAUCACUGUUGUUGGGAUUAACAUCACAACCCAACUUAAACUAUCUGAUGAUGACCUCUUAGCGCUGCGUGAGUCCAAGGGGAAACACGCCAAACUGUUAAGCGACAUGUGCAAGUUCUACAGAGAUUGGCAUGUCAAAUCUGAUGGUGUUUAUGGAGUGUACCUCCAUGACCCGGUCAGCUUUGUGGCUGUAGUACGGCCUGAUCUAUUCACAUAUAAGAAAGGUGUUGUUAGGGUCGAGACUCAAGGAAUAUGCGUUGGCCACACUCUCAUGGAUCAAGGCCUCAAGAGAUGGAAUGGGAGCAAUCCAUGGGUGGGAUACUCACCAGUAUCAGUGGCGUGGACGGUAGAUGUAGAUGGAGUACUGGAAUACAUCAAAGGCAUGCUGAUGAAACCAUAAAAGAAUGUGGAAAUAUUUCAUUUGAAAUGUCACUCAUCACAUUCAUCAUGUGUUCUGGUUCUAACCUGAUUCUGAAUUCAACAUCUGUAUUUGAACUGUACAAUUGCUAAAAUUUGGUAAAGAAGUAAACGAUGAUAAAUGGAAACUAUCUAUCUUUUUCUUUU